AGUCCCAGAACCACGCCUGCCGGUUAGCUUCCGUUACAAAACCCUACUGUUAUUCAGUCUGUACGACUUUGAUUGUAGCAUCAUAAGUCAAAGUAGGAAAAUGUAUGUUUUAAUGCGUGUUAGUUGUAGUUAAUCUUCUGCUCAAACCGCUGUUGAAGGUUUGAUGUUGCUGCGAUCACGAGCGUCCGUGACGAUAGCUAACUGACGUAAGCGAGCACACUUCCGAUAGUUUGGUGUCGCAUUUGAUCAGUCAGCUGUUGUGUUAGACUGGUAUUAUAGGAUCAGCGUGGCAAGUGCACUCUGCAGAUAUCAACAUCGAAACUUCGCCGCUCAGUCUGGGGUCAAGGUGCUGUAUGACGGACUUUGUCCCAUAUGUGUGACGGAAAUUCGGUUCCUCCAGUUUCUGCAGAGGGACAAGCCCGGCAAGGUGGACUUUGUUGAUAUCUCACUUCCAGGCUAUGAUGGAGCCAAAUACAAGGGGGUCAGCUAUGAGGCGGCCAUGGAGGAAAUGCAUGUGAUUGAUGAGAACAAUGAGGUUCAUCGGGGUGUCCCAGCAUUCGCUGUCAUGUACAGUGCAAUGGGCCUGGAUGUGUUGGGCCGCUUUAUGUUGUGGCCACCUGUGAGACCCUUUAUGGACAAAUCUUAUGCUAUGUUUGCCAAGAAUCGCUUAAAGUGGACCGGACGCAGGGAGGAGUGCACCACAGGACGUUGUGAAAAGAAAAUGCCCUGACCCUCAGUGAAUAGCAAAAUUACGGACUCGAUGAAGGCCACAUGUUAUGUUUUAGGUUCAUCAUGAGCCAAAAGGGUAAAACAGUCACUUGCUGAAUGAAGGUCGUCACAGUACAACACAUUAUUGCAAGUGUUUAUAGUUGUGCUGUCAUCUCAGGAGUAUUUUAAUAACCACUGAGCUGCAGCAUCAUAUGUUCAGCAAAAAUCACCGGUUUAUGCAACGUUCUGAAAAGUUAAAUAAAGACCUUAGAUCUAAAAUGUAGGUGACAAGGCUCAAUAAGGAAUGAAGGAAAGUCAUAGUCAUUCUACAAUGUUUAAGUCCCAAAGAGGCAUCACUACAUAUGUUAAAAUGUUUUAUGACUAGUCGAACAUAAUGUCUUUGUAAUAUUACUGCUGUCUGUAUUUAAUGUAAGCUGUGAGCCUGCCUGUUCAGUUUCUGUAGUGAUUUCAUAUAGCAGUUUAAUAGAAAAACAUUAAACAUUAUUUAUAAGGUAAUUAUUCAAAAGAGUUGGGUCAUUAUUCAUUAAACAAAAAAACGGAAAUUAUGCUCAAUUUCAGUAGCAGGUCAAAAAAGUAUCCACUAGAUGUCGCUACAUGUUUUCUGGUGUACAGCAUGAGCAACAUAAGUUCUAACUGCUGCAUAUAGCGCAAUUUAAAUUCCAGCCCGACAUUAGUGAAUGUCUGUCAGAUUGACAAAUAUCUAAAUAAAAAUGUCACAUUGGUGUUUGUGAAAGUUCACACAUUGUACCCACAGGACAAAGGUGUUUACUAAAAGCACUCUGAGACCCCUAUGUACGUUCCAUUUGAGUGUGUGCACGUGUGAGGUGUGUUUUGACGCAAGAUGCAGCUAACAUUAGCCCUACCAUGUGUUUCCAGCACUCAACAGUGUCACACCACCACAUGACCUUAAGCCUGUUUGCUUUGAUUGAGCAUUGGUGAGGACCACCCACCUCCACAGCCCCCACCCAUCCCAGCUCAUCCAAUAAGGCUUGGACAGAAAGCAAGGGGUUAGGUAUCACAACACAAGAGAAAUGGUGUUUCAGGCAGGUUUGCAAGUGGAUUAAAAAUAACAAUGGCUGAAGUGGAGGCAUAAGGAGAGAAGAAGCUUAGAUGUUUCAGAACCUUAUUCAAUAUCACCUGUAGUCUGGACAUUGAAGGAUCGCAGCUGAUCGCAUCGGGUCAACAAUGGGUCGUUAUAUCAGCAUCAAUUUAAGGUCUUUGGACAGGAAUUCAUACUGUAAAAUGAGAUACUUGAUUGUCCUCUUCAGAACGUCCCCCGUUUCAGGCUGUGAACCACUCCACCUUCGUAGAUAUUCAUCAUCAUCACCCCUUCAUCGCUCCAGAUUUGCACGCCAAGCUAUUUUUACACAUUUAAAUCUGUGUAAUGACAUCUUCCUUCGGGAUUUUUCCAAACAAGUAAAGAAUCUCCAGAUUGCACGAUGCAAUUCAUCCUCCAACAGGGGUGCUAUCAAAGCGGAAGCUCCUAUCGGGAUCAUUGAGGUGGCGCAGAACAGUUAUGAGUUAACUUCUCUGGGAGGACGCCUGGGUCAAUCUUUCAAUCGACUCUCCAGACAUAUUAACAUUUAUUUCAAGAAAAAGGACACUGUUCCUGUAGCUGAAAAUGGAAGUGUUGUUGCCACAACUCCGACGUAUAUCGGCAGGACACAGCGUCAACGUCAGCAUGCAUCCGGAAAGAUAACUAUGUCGGAGAGCAAAGACACAACCGCCCCCUUGAAAGACAACCAACUAUUUCACAUUAGUUCUUUGGCGACAAGAUUUGGGGAGAGCUACAAUUACGUCGCCAGUCACAUUAAUUCAGUCUUCUCUCAGGGUUUUGCCAAAGUGCGAGUUCCAGAGAAAGAAGAAAUCAUGUCUUCCACCAGAGGGCCCAACAGCAGACAGAAGAGGAGAAAAAUACAUCGUAAUUGCAUCAUAAAUUCCACAGAAAGUGAAACAUCUCAAUUAAAAUCGAGUUUUGACCAGGCAACAGUGGAAGCUAACCACAGCAACAACUGGGAAGACAGCUAUCGUCACUUUGCAAGACACAUCAAUAAGUACUUUGGUGCCAAGGUUGCUGAUGACGCUACCCUUCAGAAUCAAGGAGAAUCCACUACACAAUCUACAUCACAGAAAUACAGUAAAGAACCCAUCAUCACCCCAGAAACUGGCCUUUUCCACAGCAGCCACAACUCAACCAACUUUGGGGAGAAUCAUAUGCAGAUGUCAAGUCAUAUUAAUCAGUAUUUCAAGGGGGCCAGCAGGUUGGAGGACACAAGCACAAAUCUCCAAAAAGAGAUGAACUCGCUCACUGCGGACAGAAAGGAGGCCGUCUCCUUCAUGGACUGCUUUCGUCACCCCACAAGAGCCAUCCCUGAUCUGCUGGAGGCAUAUCUGAGCCGGGUGGCUUCGUCCCAGACCAGAGAGAGAAAACCUGCCAUGAAGUCAGCACGAGCAGGGAUGAAUAAAAAGAAGCAGGCAGAGGAACUGAUACAUGGGUUGAUUCAAGAUCUGAGGCAGGCUUCUUCUGCAAAGGCGCUAACAACCUGUGUGGAGGCGCUGAAUGAAUACCUGAUCAAUCACCCAUCACACAAAGCUUUGAUGUGGCAGGAAAAAACAGCUGUUACAUUGCUGAGACAGCGGAGAGUCUAUAGAAGCAAUCAGGCUCUUCAGAGCGCCAUAAGAGAAGCCUUGGCUCUUAUUGGUUAUGUUGACCCGAUCAAAGGGCGUGGUAUCAGAGUGCUCUCUAUUGAUGGUGGCGGUACGAGGUAAGAGAGUCGUGUCAGCCACAAUGCAUGCACCCCAUGUUUUCCAACCAAUCUUACAUGUUACAGACAUGUGCUUGUCAGUCCCCUAAAGGCGUGGACUAAAUUUUGUGGUGAUUUGGCUAAACGCUAAAGUUAGAGUAGUUAUUUUGGAGAACUCAUUGAGCUGUGUGAGAAAUUUCAAGCUUGUCCGUCUUAUGGGGUCGAACUUUGGUGUUUCAUAACAGCGCCACCAUGUGGUGUAUUUCCAUCCAUCCAUCCAUCUUCUAUGCCGCUUAUCCUCACUAGGGUCACGGGUAUGCUGGAGCCUAUCCCAGCUGACUUUGGGCAAGAGGUGGGGUACACCCUGGACUGGUCGCCAGCCAUCGCAGGGCACAUAUAGACAAACAACCAUUCACACUCACAUUCAUACCUAUGGACAAUUUAGAGUCUCCAAUUAACCUAACAUGCAUGUUUUUGGAAUGUGGGAGGAAACUGCAGUACCCAGAGAAAACUUCACACAGAGAUCAUUUAAUUUUAAUUAAAAAAAAAAACUUUCUUCUUGUAUAUGCUAUUAUUCCCAUAAUAGUAGCAUAUACAGUAUAGAUUUUCC